AUGCCGCACGCGACCGAGGACGAGAUGAUGGGCGGAGUCAACGAGGACGAUGUGGUGAAGCAGUUCCUGGGCUCUGGCCUGAACCCCGACGCGGAGGAGCAAGAGCGUAGCUUUGAUCAGGCAGGCAAGGCGGAUGAUGCGAUCGACUACGAGGACAUCAGCGACGAUGACUUGCCAGAAGAGCAGGAGGGUACUGGUGAUGGAGAGGAUAUGGAUGAUGUCUUCGAACCAAGCGUAGGCGGCCUCGGUGGCUUCUCUGCGCAGCCCCCCAACGGCUACCACGACGCCAAAGAACUCCCGAGCAGCGAUGCUAUUGGCGAGACCGAUGAGUUUAAUGACCUCUUCGGCGACCGCGUCUCAUCGCCAGAGGAGGAGCGUCGCCCAGCACCUCCGCAGCACCGGUCGAGUGGUUUGGCUCUGCCUUCCAAAUCUGGACUUGCACUUCCUGGCAUGCAAAGCCCCUCUUCUCUCAGUCCACCUCCUUAUGGCGACCGAGAGGGCUCGGCGAUGUCUCCCUCGGAAGUAAGCGAGGAUGAGGACGACAUGGCAGGGCUCAGCAAGGAAGAGGCAAUGCAGCUGCGCAUGUUCAGGGAUGCGAAGAAGAAGCAUGCGGGAGACCUGGUGGAUAGCGAGGCCAUCGAGACCGACAUGGAGCUCUUCCACACUCUUUUCCCAGGAUACGAGUCUACCGAAGCGCCAAAAUUCAUCGAGCUCUUCCCACCACGCAGUGUCGAAUACAAGGGCAAGGUUCCGGUCAAGCCGCCAAAAGCUGUACUUCCAACCAAGCUCUCGCUCGAUCUUCUCCAAGACCAAGAGCGCAGCUUCAAGACAACCACUAUCCAGCACAAGCCAGGCCAGGAGAGUACAUUCAACAACAGCAUCAUCACGAUCGGCAAUGCUGUUGCUGCCGAAGGAGACAGCGACGAUGAUCUCGAUGCAAGCUCUCUUGAUGAGAACGAACUCGUCGGCGGCCUUUCCAUGCAAGAUCUGCAUUUCAUCUGCCAGGACUGGGAUUUCGCAAGCGUGGACUCUGCAACUUCGGCGGUGGACUUUGCAAACGGUGCUCCAAAUGGCCUCUCGAACGGCGAUUACGAUGUUGAAGAUCAAAUGCGUGCCUCCAAGAAGCGCAAGACUGGGGACUUCGCAUCUGGUCUUCCGCUGUCGUUUGAAGGCUUGCAGAUAUCCUUUGAGAAUCCUGAACACGCUGUAGCGAAGCUCGCCAAGUCAGUGGCACUGGACCUCAACGAUCCAAACCUUCUCAUCGACGAGCAUGCGCCACGAACGACGCGAAAGCUCAAGCGGGUGCCGGGAGACAGGCGAGACGCAGCUUUGAGCCGUGACAUCGCCAAGCGCUACAACAUCAGCAACGACCAGGCCUAUGAUUUGCUCAAGGAGAACCAUCAGCACAAGGUCCGCAGCACGCUCGGCAGCAUGGCGAUAGAACACAGCUUCCCAGCCACCAAGCUGCAGUAUCCUUUCUACAAGGUUGGCCUCGACAACAAGGCCAAGCGCGGCUUCCACCGCCCACAGCUGGAACUCAAGAACCAGCCAGGUCGCGAGUACCGCUUCCAGAAGCCCAAGCACAUCAAGCGCAAGAACGUCAAGGGUCGCGAGGCAAAGGAAGUCUUCGCAAAAGCCGAAGAUCUUUCUCUGGGCGACAACGCCUCCAUGUUGCUCCUCGAGUACUCUGAAGAAGCGCCAAUGAUGAUGUCGAACUUCGGCAUGGGCAAUCGCCUGAUCAACUACUACCGCAAGAAGGAUACAGACGACAACGAGCGGCCAAAGCGUGACAUCGGCGAGGCGCAGGUUCUCCUUCCGCAGGACAAGAGCCCUUUCGCCAUCUUUGGUCACGUAGACAAAGGCGAGACGGUACCGACCAUCCAAAACGGACUCUACCGCGCGCCAGUCUUCUCUCACACCGCUAAGACUACCGACUUCAUCAUUGGUAUCAGCAGCACGUACGAGUCGGGUGAUCGCUUCUUCCUGCGCAACGUCGAGAACCUGCAUAUCGUCGGCCAGCAGUUCCCUUUGGCGGAGGUACCAGGUCAGCAUUCCCGCAAGGUCACCGACGCAGCCAAGAAGCGCCUCCGUGCACUGUCCUACCGCAUCUACACGAAGAGCUUGGAUCGCAAAGACAAGGUCCUCGACAACGCUACCCUCAUGCCUCAUCUUCCUGGCCAUGACAUGCCACAGACUCGCAGCAAGAUGCGUGAAUUCAUGAAGUACGAGCGAGUUGCGAACCGCAGCGACGGCAGCAGCGGCGUUUGGGUUCCACAACCUGGAUCGAUUGUCCCUGAUGCAGACACGCUCCGCGGCUGGAUUCGUCCCGAGGACGUCUGCCUGCUGGACUCUAUGCAAGUUGGUGUCCAGCACCUCUCUGAUCUCGGUAUUAGCGAGACGAAGGAUGCAGACGAGGACAAGGACAUCGACGAGAGUGCCGGCAUCGAACAGCAACUCGCCCCAUGGCGUGCUACCAAGAACUUCCUCAACGCCUGUCAAGGUAAGGCAAUGCUUCAGCUUCACGGUGAUGGCGAUCCGACCAACCGUGGCGAGGGCUUCAGCUUCGUGAAGACUUCCAUGAAGGGUGGGUUCCAUGCAAUCGGUGAGAGCGUAGAGGACAAAAUCAGUGCGGCGAAGCGAAAACAGAACAACGGUCACUCAUAUAAUGUAGCAGCGCAACAGAAGUCGUAUGAUGACUCCAUCCGCCGGAUCUGGGACGCUCAGAAGAACAGCCUGAGCAACGACCAAGUCUUCUCCGACGACGACAUGGAUGAUGAUGGUGAGAACGACCAGGACUAUUCAUUCGGCCGCGCCAAUACUCCACGCUCCUCCUUCAGCACUCCAGCUGCUUUUGCGAGCCGUCAGGAAGACGACAUGAGCCAGUUUAGUGGACACAGCGCUGGUCGUGGCGAGAAGACUCUUGUGAUUCAGCGGUCCGGGGGACAUGACAAGUGGGGAAAUCCACGCCCGGCUGAGGAGAUCACCAUCACCGAUGCACGCGUGAUCAAGGCGUACCGGAAGCGUGUGAUGGAGAGAGACUUUAAGAACGCUAACCUCCAAAAGUUCGAACCCACCGGCGACAAGGAGAAAGACGAUUACGCACAGGAGAUGCUCCGGAAAGAGCUCGAACGUAUCCAACGCAACGCGGAGCGUCGUGAGGCUCGCGAGAAAGCCAAGGCCCGCAACAAGACUGAUGGGUCGCCUUCUGUAGCCAACUCACCAGGACCAUCUGAUGCCGAUGGACCAGCGUCAACCGUCAACACUGGCACCGCUGACAACACCCCACAGAAGGCCAAGCGCAGCAAGGACGGCACCACGCGCAAGUGCGCCAACUGUGGUCAGGCCGGCCACAUCAAGACCAACCGCAAGUUGUGCCCUCUCCUCAACGGCACGAUGAAGCCUGAGGACGCCGGCAUGAAUGGCGACAGCUCGUUUGGCGCUGUCCCUGCUCCGUUGACGCUGUAG